UGAUGUCAGUCGUCAGUACUAAGGCUAUACUGCUUGCUAGAGCUCCAUCACUCCCAGUCUCCCAACUCCGAUCCCAAACUCUCGCGAGCUACAGAUGCAGCGACAAGUAGCACUGGAUUCCUGUGAGCAAGAAGUUGGUCAUUAGGUCAUUAGGUAAUCUUGGUAUACAAUUGAUCUGAGUAGAAGCCAGCAUCAAUUAUGCAGCAAAAGGACUCCGGCGACGGCGAAGACGCCGUCGUCGUCGUGGGCGUCGGGAUCGCCGGCCUCGCCGUGGCUCUCGGGCUGCACAGAAAAGGGGUUCGGUGCUUGGUGCUGGAGUCGUCGCCGGAGCUCCGGGCGUCGGGGUUCGCCUUCGCGACGUGGAGAAAUGCGUGGCAAGCGCUUGACGCCCUUGGAGUGGGCGACAAAAUUAGGAAGCUCCAUCUACAGCUUGGGGAGUUGCACGUCUUCUCUUCGUCUACCGGAGAAAUAGCACAGCAAAUGGAUCUCACGGUGCAGGGGAAACGAGGAGCCAAGGAGAUGCGUUGCGUCAGGCGAGACUGGCUGCGGCGAGCGCUGGAAGAAGAACUACCAAAAGGCACCAUCCGCUACUCCUAAAAAAUCGUUGGAAUCGAAGAGGAUGGCAACGCCAAGAUCCUACACCUCGCUGACGGCGCAAUUCUUCGAGCAAAGGUGCUGAUCGGCUGCGACGGGGUCAAUUCCGUGGUGGCAAAAUGGCUGGGGCUCGCGAAGCCGUCCUACUCGGGGCGCCUGGCGACGAGAGGCCUCGCGCAUUACCCUGACGGCCAUGGCUUCGAACCCGAGUUCAAGAUGUUUUUCGGCCAUGGCUUCCGUGCCGGCGUGAUCCCGUGCAACGAGACUGAUGUCUACUGGUUCUUCGCCUGGUCUCCCGACCACGAUAGUAAUGGCGUUGAGGAGAGCGCCAUCAAGAUGAAGCAAUUCUUGCUGACCAAACUAGGGAGCAGCAAGAUCCCAGCCGAGGCGUUGGAGGUCAUCGAGAGGAGCGAGAUGAACGACGUGCUGGCCGCGCCUCUGCGGUUCCGGUCGCCGCUCUCGCUGGUGUUCACGGGCAUCAGCAAGGGGAACGUGUGCGUCGCCGGUGACGCGCUGCACCCGAUGACGCCGGACCUGGGCCAGGGCGGGUGCGCGGCGCUAGAGGACGGCGUCGUGCUGGCGAGAUGCCUCAGCGACGCCCUUCUUGGUGGCGGCAAGCCCGCCGGCGCCGGCGGCGAGGGCGAGAGGAUCGGGGCGUGCCUGCGUGAGUACGCUAGGAUCCGGCGGUGGAGGAGCGUCGAGCUGGUUGGGACAGCCUACGUGGUCGGCUUCGUACGGCAGAGCAACAACGCCGUCAUCAGCUUCCUGCGGGACAAGUGGUUGGCCGGAGUGCUCGCGAGAAGGCUUCUGAAAAUGGCGGACUACGAUUGUGGCACGCUAUGAAACUAUAAAAUUUUACUUGGAGUUCAUAAGAUUAUGAAAUGGAUUUUGCUAUAUUUGGGCCAUGUUUCGUAGAGUGAUUAUUUUUGCCUAUCCAAAUCCUCAUCAUAUUAACCAGCUAGUGAAAAAAAAAACACCUCGCCAUAUUUGAUAUUUCCUUUGUACUCCAAUGAACUCUCGAUCUAGACUAACAACGAGAUCCAUACAUCAGUUUC